AUGCCUCGAACCGGGUUACUGACCAUUACCACCGUGUUAUCCACUACACUCAUCUUAUCAUUGCCAAUAGCACCACCAGCAGAAGAACGAGGUCUAGGUCCAGAUGGUCAUCCGGAUGACAAGCUGGUACUUGUCGAAGCCAUAUGGAGGCAUGGCGACCGAUCCCCCUUAUUCAUUUACCCUACCAGCUUGAAUCUUGAAGCUGAUUGGCCAGCUCCAAUAGGAUUCUUGACACCAUUAGGGGUUGAACAACAAAAUGCUUUAGGGCAAUGGAUAAGAAGAAGAUACGUCGAGCAUUUUAAGUUCUUGCCAGAUCAAUUUCAAGGCGAUAUCUUGAGGGUAAGUCGGAGAGGUGCUCGAUAUACCCAUCUUAAUCAGCAAGUUUAAUUUUUUUUUAAUUUUCACUUCGACUCUUUUGAAAAAUGAUUUAAAAACGCUACUACCUAUACCUAUAUCUUUACCGAAUCCUCAAAAAACUCAAAAACAUCAAGAUAAUAAUAAAUUUAUAGGUAAGAUCAACCCAAGUAAACAGAACAAUUAAAAGCGCCCAUGCCAAUCUUUUUGGUAUGUAUGGAGCCCCAACUGUUGAAUACCCAAUCGAUGUUGUACCAAUGGCCGAGGACUACGCUGCUUUGCCUACUUCAAGUUGUCAAAGGCUGAUCAGUUUGAGGGAAUUGAUCAAAGCCACCCCAGAAUAUGCUCUUAUCGAAACUCAACAUCAGGUAAGGAUAUUGUGUUUAGGUUUAUACGAUAUUAAGUUGGUUCGGAUCUUUCUUAGUCCGUAAAUGGCCAUUUAAUUCUAGUCAAACCUAUCAAAACGUUAUACUAAAGUAAAAAUUUAAAAACUCCCCUUCAAAUUCAAGUAUUCCAGGAUCUCUACCACAAGCUGCUCCACCUAACUGGCUACGCUCAGAUGGACACAGAAAAGAUUCCUCACAUUUGGGACCCCAUGUACCUAGAAAAGUUACACAACCUCGAGAUCAACCCAAAACUCGACGAAUUAUACGACGAAAUCGAUCAAGUCUACAAUAACUUCACCAUGCUCACAUUCGGCUACAAUCUCGACCAACUGAACGACCUCGACCUAAGUCUAGAACUGCGCAAAGUUUGGGGUGGAACCCUUUUGGAUAGGAUAAUCAGAGAAAUGCAAGUCAAAAUUGAGUGUAAUCAGCUAUCCAGUGAUGAGAAGUGCAUUGACAACAUCAAGUACUAUGCACAGUCAGCUCAUGAGGUCACAUUGGCUGCUGUCAUGUCAACUUUCGGGUUCGAGUUAAUGGAUUAUGACAGAAUGAACUUGCCCGACCUAUGUUCGUCUAUGUUCUUGGAGUUGUGGCAGAACGCUCAAGACGAUUCCUACUACGUCAAGGUAAGGUUUUUACUGUAGAUCACGUUUUGUAGUCUUGAGAACGUUUUUAUCCUUACAGCCAAGGCCGGGCGCUGGGGGGGCAGGGGGGGGAACCCCCCCCCCUGCCUGUGCCGAUUUUUUCGUCCCCCGCCUCAGACCAAAAGUCCCCACACGGCACUGCUUACAGCGAUUAUAAAAUGCACCAUUGCUUUCAAAUCCAACUACUUUUCACUGUUUACUAUAUAGAGCAACACCAUAUCUUAAAAUCCUCUACUAACAUUAUACAUUUUUCAGGUAAUCUACCGCCGAAACGCGACUGACAUCUUUGAUGUAACACCCAAAAUCUCCAAUUGCAAAAUGCAAGAAGGUAGAGGAUGUGAAUUUAAUAGUUUUAUGGAGAGAUCUUCAGAUUACCUACCUACUACUGACUAUAAAACCGUAUGUUUACACCUCGAACACACAUUUUUAACGGUUUUUUUGGUUAACAUACCGACUAUUUCUGUCGAAACGAAGAGUUAAAAUAAUAUUUUACUAAAAUUGCCAUUUCAGGUUUGUAACACAGCCGUCAGCAUUUAA